AUGUCAAGACGUUUGAUUCCAUCUGAUCGCGUGGUGCACUCACCGCCAGGGGAACCCGAAGUGCAGGGGGACACGUCGAUGGGAAUCGUUAAGGCAUCGGAGUCGGAGGAUCCGCAGCAAGAAGCUUCUAUCAUCUACGGAGCCGGAAUCCGGACUGGCAUACGGAAGUGGAAAUCUUGUGGCAAGGGGUCCAUACUGUGCUCUACCGUUACGUCUCAGAACGCCAAUGGGAAGCAGGCUGAAGCUCUAACGGACUUGCGGCUGGGGCUGCAUGCCACCCCCGAGAAAUCUGUUCAUCCACUUCGGCAUGAUCAUGCAUGCCAGGGUGAAUUUUAG